GAAAGGUAGCUCGGGGAUUUUUUUAGAUUAAGGUAGCUCGGGUUGAGCUCCCUAGCUUUGCCCCCAAAGCAACCAAAAGGCGUGCGCCACCACCCCUCGUGUCCCUAUCCGUUCAACAACUUAGCGCGAGGGAGCAACUUGGCGGACGUGCUUUACAAGUACACUCGCGCAACAACACCGAAACGUGCAUCGCGAUCGCGCCUCUUAUAUACUUGCCACGAGCAGGAGCUGUACGAGCAUUGGGUGGGUGUGUAGAGCGUGCGGGCGAGCUGGGGCCAUGGACCAUCGGGAUUCCGAGGCGCCGGCGGCGAGCGCGGCUGCGGUGGGUCGGGUCGUGAAAGGUACUGGCGAUGGAGGCGCGGCGAGCUUCGACACCAACAUGGUGAUCAUCCUGGCGGCGCUGUUCUUCGCGUUGCUGUUCGCCAUCGGGUUGAACUCGCUGGCGCGGUGCGCGCUCCGGUGCGGGGGCCGGGGCGCGGCCGACGGCGGCGAAGGGGAGACCGCAGGCGGCGCGUCCUGCGUCGGCGGCAUCAGGAAGCGCGCGCUGAGGAGCAUCCCCGUGGAGGUGUACGGCGGCGGGGAGGGAGCCAAGGCCGAGGAGGACGUGUGCGCCAUCUGCCUCGGCGAGUUCGCGGACGGCGAGAAGGUGCGCGUGCUGCCGCGGUGCCGGCACGGGUUCCACGUCCGGUGCGUGGACGCCUGGCUGGUCUCGCGCGGCUCGUGCCCGACGUGCCGCCGCCCGGUGAUGGACGGCAAGCCCGCGAAAGGCAGCGGCGUGGGCCAAAGCCGACGGCCGGAUAGCGACACCAUCGCCGUGGUCAUAGCGUGAGGGUAGCAAUCGGAGCCGGCCUAGUGUCGGAACGCGCACAAGCAAAACCAAGGUAGAGAAGCAGUCCUGGCCCGUGGAUAACCUCAUGUAAAAUAUCUCCGUAGCCUCUUCGGAGUUCGGAUAUUAUCCGGUCGAAUUAUCGUUUGUUGGCACACUUGCAUGUCAAGGUGUCGCUACCUGCUACUCUAGUCUUUAGCUUGCGUAGCAGCAUCUAGCCGUCGAUUGUAGUAGCUGCUCAGUCGCUCACAAUACAGUGUACACAUUCAACGGCGCCGAACGACAGUGUUAUCUGGAUAAUCCGACUCAGAUUUAGGUGUU